AUUUUCGGAUAGUCUUUUCCUUCAUUGUCCGCUAUUUGUGAUCAGAGGUUAAGGCCGAUGCCGCCACGUUCCGAUCGCUCCCCUUUGACCAUGGAUUGACUUCAAGCUUUUCUUUAACCCCCCCAAACUGGAGAAAGCAGUCAGAUCCAUCGCUUCUCCUUGCCCGUCUUCUCCACACUACUAGCUGGCCAACUAGCUAAAUGUUUUCACCGGCUGGCUUCAAACCUCUCAGCUGCCGAAUGUUUAGUAACGUUGCUGCGGAGAAACAGUGAACUUCUUCGCUUCCCAGUCGCAAGGAGCGAAAGGGGCGGCGGAGGAUCUAAAAUACGGAUUUCCCCGAAGCUUUUUGUAUAAACACUAAUUAUUUUUUUUCUGAAAAGUGAUGGCGGAGCGGGGAGCACGAUUGCUCCUCUCCCUCUCUUGUCUCACCUUUCUUUAUUCGACCACCUUGACCAAGCAUGCUGACAAAGGGCCGAGCCCGAGGCUCUUCACGCCAUUCUGGUUCUCGGUGGAGCCAGCCGACACCCUGGCGGUGCGCAGCGCCCCCGUCCUGCUGAACUGCUCAGUGCACAGCGACCUGCCCGCACGCGUGGACUGGAAGAAGGACGGAACCUUCCUGAACCUGGCGGCCGAUGAGCGCCGGCAGCUGCUGGCCGAUGGCUCCCUCCUGGUGGCCAGCGUGGUGCACUCCAAGCACAACAAGCCCGACGAGGGCGUCUACCAGUGUGUGGCCUCCAUCGAGAGCCUGGGCAGCAUCGCCAGCCGCACGGCGCGCCUCAGUGUAGCGGCUCUUCCCAGGUUCUCCAGUCAGCCAGCACCGUCUGUGGCGUACCAGGGUGACAGCACAGUAAUGAGCUGCGAGGGAAAUUCGGACCUGGUUCCCUUUAUCCGCUGGGAGCGCAACAGGGAGCGCGUGGCCCUGGAUGGGCGGCUGAUACAGCUUCCCAGCGGGGCCCUGGUGGUCAGCAAUGCCUCGCAGGCCGAUGCCGGCCUCUACCGCUGUGUGGUGGAGAACGUGGGCCCGGCCAAGGUCAGCGAAGAGGCAGAGCUGCAGGUCCUUCCAGAGACGGCGGCUGAGCGGAAGGUGCUGUUUCUGCGGCAGCCGCAGUCUGUCACCAGGAGCGCGGGGGACGGCGUGCUCCUGGCCUGCGUCGCCGCGGGAUACCCCACGCCAUACGUGCGCUGGAUGCUGGGAGAGCAGCCCAUCGCAGUCGGAGAGGAGCGGUUUGAAGUGGUGGGUGGGAGCAGUCUGCAGAUCUUCAACCUGACGGCAGGCGACGCAGGAACGUACACCUGCCUGGCGGACAACAGCAACGAGACCAUCCAGGCGCAGGCUGAACUCACCAUCCAAGUUCCACCCCAGUUCCUGAAGAGACCAACCAACCUGUACGCCCACGAGUCCAUGGACAUCGUCUUCGAGUGUGAGGUCGCUGGCUCCCCGCCACCCACCGUCAAGUGGGUGAAGAACGGAGAUGCCGUCAUUCCCAGUGACUACUUCAAAAUCGUGAAGGAGCACAACCUGCAGGUUCUUGGGCUAGUGAAAUCGGACGAGGGCUUCUACCAGUGCCUGGCUGAGAACGAUGCUGGCAACAUCCAGGCAAGCGCGCAACUCAUCAUCCUUGAGCCCGAUGUUGCUCUCCCUACGCCCCCUUCCACCUCACUGACCAGUGCCACUGCUGACCGUGUAACGCCAGGCUUCGCUGGUCCUGGGGGAGGGCCCACGCCCUCUGCCCCCCGUGAUGUGGUGGCCUCGCUGGUCUCCACCCGCUUCAUCAAGCUGACAUGGCGCCCCCCAGCCGAGCCGCACGGGGACAACAUCACCUACUCAGUCUUCUACAGCCUGGAGGGCACCGGCAGAGAGCGGAUCGUGAACUCAAGUCGGCCUGGUGAACUCCAGGUUACUGUUCAGAACCUGAUGCCGGACACCAAGUAUUCCUUCCGCGUGGUGGCGCAUAACCGCAAUGGGCCAGGGGAGAGCUCCGCCCCCCUGUGGGUGGCCACCCAGCCCGAAGUCCAGGUUCCAGGCCCAGCACCCAACCUGCAGGCAGUGGCCACAUCGCCGACCUCCAUCGCCGUCAGCUGGGAGGUGCCCCUCACGGGCAACGGCGAGAUCCAGAGCUACAAGCUGUACUAUAUGGAGAGGGGCUUGGACACAGAGCAGGAUAUCGAUGUGGGAGGUCUGUCCCACACAGUGACUGGACUGAAGAAGUUCUCGGAGUACAGCAUCCGCGUGGUGGCGUACAACCGGCACGGACCCGGAGUGUCCACUGAGGACGUGGUGGUGCAGACCCCAUCAGAUGUGCCGAGUGCUCCACCACAGAACCUCACCCUGGAAGUCCAGAACUCCAAGAGCAUCAUGGUAAGAUGGCAGCCGCCCCCCUCGGGGACCCAGAACGGGGAGAUCAUUGGCUACAAGAUCCGCUACAGGAAAGGGCUCCGCAAGAGUGAGGUGGCAGAGACCACCGCAGGCACCCAGCUCUUCCAGCUCAUUGAUGGCCUGGAGCGCAGUACGGAGUACGCAUUCCGCGUAGCUGCCAUCACGGUGAACGGAACCGGCCCGGCCACCGACUGGGCCACAGCGGAAACCUUCAAGAGCGACCUGGAUGAGACGCGGGUGCCGGACGUUCCCAGCUCCCUGCAGGUGCGGCCACUGGUCAACAGCAUCGUGGUCAGCUGGACACCCCCGGAAAACCAGGACAUCGUCGUGCGUGGCUACAUCAUUGGCUAUGGCAUCGGAAGCCCUCACGCCCAAACCAUCAAAGUGGACCACAAGCAGCGUUACUACAGCAUCGAGAGCCUGGAUCCCAGUUCUCACUAUGUAAUCACACUGAAGGCCUUCAACAACGUGGGGGAGGGAAUUCCUCUGUACGAGAGCGCCAUCACCAGGCCUCAGUCAGAUCCCAUGGACCCUGAUGUUGAUUUGUAUGAACUCUUCCAUGCUCCAUACACUCCAGUACCAGAUCUCACCCCCAUGCUGCCGCCUGUGGGAGUUCAGGCCUCCGUCCUGAGUCACGACACCAUCAAAAUCACCUGGGCUGAUAACUCCCUGCCCAAGAACCAGAAGAUCACUGACGCUCGCUACUACACAGUUCGCUGGAAGACUAACAUCCCUGCUAACACCAAGUUCAAGAACGCCAACACCACCAACCUGAACCACAUGGUGACAGGGUUGAAACCCAACACGCUGUAUGAGUUCUCUGUCAUGGUGACCAAGGGUAGGCGCAGCAGCACCUGGAGCAUGACCGCGCACGGCACCACCUUCGAGAGCAUUCCUAGCUCCUCUCCCAAAGAUGUGACCGUGGUGAACAAAGAGGACAGGCCACGAACCAUCAUCAUAAACUGGCAGCCACCCACAGAAGCCAACGGCAAGAUCACGGGGUACAUCAUCUACUACAGUACAGACGUGAAUGCGGAGGUCCACGAUUGGGUGAUCGAGCCUGUGGUGGGCAAUAGGUUGACCCACCAGAUCCAGGAGCUCACCCUGGACACCACGUACUAUUUUAAGAUUCAGGCCCGCAAUUCCAAAGGCAUGGGUCCCAUGUCGGAGGCUGUGCAGUUCCGCACGCCGAAAGCUGAACCUUCUGACAAAAUGGCUAAUGACCAAGCCUCCGGCAUUCCGGUAAAGCCUGGCAGCCGUGCUCCGUCCCACGAAUACGGUUUUGGAUCCCCAGUUGGCAAGCCUGGCUUGACGGGCACCAGUGACAACCACAUCUUGGUCAUAGUCAUCAUCGUCUCUGUGGGUGCCUUUACCAUCAUUCUGGUGGUGGUGGGGGCCUUCCUGUGUACACGGCGCACCACCUCCCAGCAGAAAAAGAAAAGGGCAGCCAGCAAGUCCACCAAUGGCUCCCAUAAGUACAAGGGGAACUCCAAGGACCUGAAACCCCCAGACCUCUGGAUCCACCACGAGCGGCUGGAGCUGAAGCCCAUGGACAAGUCGCCGGAGCCCAAUCCCGUGAUGACUGACACGCCCAUCCCCCGCACCUCCCAGGACAUCACUCCCAUUGACGCUACAAUGGACAACCCUAUACAUCAGAGGCGCAGCUCGUAUCGUGGCCACGAGUCAGAGGACAGCAUGUCAACACUGGCUGGACGCCGGGGAAUGAGGCCCAAAAUGAUGAUGCCCUUUGAUGCUCAGCCCCCGCAGCCUGUGAUUAGUGCUCACCCCAUCCAUUCCCUCGAUAACCAUCAGCACCAUUAUCACUCGGGCAGCCUGGCCUCAUCAGCACGCAGCUGCCUCCUCCACCAGAUCAACCCACGGCCAGUCGCCACCCCCAUCUCCCACCUAGACAGGGCCCACUCCGAAGAGUCUGUAAGGAACACCCCCAGUGUAGACCCUCUGCCUGCUUCAGGACAGUCUGCAGCUUCAGCAGACCACAUGGACCCCGACGGCAGCUACAUGAGCUCCAUCCCCGAUGACGAGGCCGGCUACAACCCCCACAACACGCACAUGCGGCCCGCACACCCCCUGAAAAGCUUCGCCGUGCCGGCUGUCCCUCCCCACAACCUCAGCUACGAGUCCCCCGCCCUGCCCAGCACUCCGCUUCUCACACAGCCAGGUCCCUCCCAGCUCCACUCGGUGAAAACUGCCUCCAUUGGCACGCUGACCAGGAUGCGCCCCCCCCUGCCCAUCAUCAUGCCCAGUGCCCCAGACCUCCAGGAGACCAGUAGGAUGCUGGAGGAUGCGGAGUGUAGUUAUGAGCCAGAUGAGUUAACAGAGGAGAUGGCCCACCUGGAGGGCUUGAUGAAGGACCUCAAUGCCAUCACCACAGCCUGAUCACACUGCAGGCCCCCACACAGCAGGGGGCACCAGACAGACAGAUUCAAGAAAACAGAAAAACAAGAAGGAAGAAGGGAAGAGAAAAACAAACCUCUGGCUCACCUUGCUUACUCUCAGGAAGGAGAUGGCCAUUUAACGGAGUAGGUUCCUCUUUUUAAGAGGAAAUAACAUAUAGUGACAAUAACAAUGGUUACUUCAACCCGAAGAUUGUGGUUGUGUCUGCAAAAAGUUUAUCCUUCGGUUGCCAUGGAGAAGUUCCAAAAGACACCAUUUUAUAGAAGGAAAAAUAGUGUCUUUAUUCUUUUGUGCUCAUUUUGGCACAAACAUACAGUGUUUGGACGUUGCAUUAGCAUCAUUCAUUUGUGUAUUUUUCCUUUUUAUGUAUGAGGCCGCGAUCUGGUGAAGCAGGAACAGGAAGACUGAGCGUUUCCUUCCAUGACUCCUGCAUUUUCUGAGUGAUUGAAUGUUUGUUCCUUGUUCUUGUUCAACAUGUGCCAUGUCUUUUCAUUUCGUUUUUAUUGACACACACACGUGUAUAUGAUAUGUAUAUAUGUUUUAAAUCUGCCUCCUUCUCUUGCCGUCCUUGCAUUGUUUCGGGGUUGUGUGACAAUGACACUCUGCAUGUAACCGUACCCGUUGACUAAGGGACAUGCUGUGAUGGAGUGUCUCUGAAAGCACCAUAUUCAGUCACGUCAUUCUCCAGCUGACAGGCAGCACCCAUCAGCAAGCCCACCGCUCUCCUUUUCAGUUUUGGACUGCAGUGGGCCUCCUGAUGAUGUGAGAUUUCAUUUAACCUAAGCAGCCCUGCAGUACAGAUACCGAGUGCAUGGAAUACUUACAGCCAUUCUGCUCAGCUUUGAGUGAAAGGCAGGUACCUGACAGAAUCCAAGAAAGCCCCCCCCCAGCCAGGCAGCUCAAGAUAGCCAUACAAAAUCUGUAAAGUGGUUUCAUUGUUUUAAAAACAGGACGAUUCAUUCAUGUUACAAAUUGGUUCAUUUUUGGCAUUUUACCCAAGGAGAAAUGUGUUCACAAUCGGUCUCUGUGAUUUCUGUACCCCCAGACCCCCACCACCAAAUGUUAAUAUUACUGUAAGAAACUUUGCUUAAGGAUACAAAAACAUUUGCUGAAGCUGAGGAGAAAAAUGACCCCCAUUCCCGACAGGAAACGAGUUGUUGUCAAACCUGUAUUGCACUUUUCCCACAUUUCUUACAUAUCCUGUGUUUAAGAUGUUAAGUAUGUUUUGUGUAACUCUAGUGUUAUAGGUUAUAGCAGUUGGCAGCUGGUCUACUUUGUUUCCGUUUUGCCGUUUUGAAAUGGAGCAGGUUUUGUUUUGCAGAUGAGGAAUCGGUUGUUGCUUCUGUCUGUACAAAGAUCUUUUUGCUUUCUGUAGAGAAUUCUGUGGCUUUUUUAAAAAAAAAAAAUAAUGGAAGAAAAAAAAUCAUCUUCUUAUCUAGUAUUGGUGGUCCAAUACAUUUUAUAUUGAACUAUUA